CUGGCAACCGAGGAGGGCAUCAUGUGAAGCAUCGCUGCGAUCCAACCAAAACAAAACAACAACACCAACUAGAAUUGAAAUAAAGAGAGAGUGCGCAACUUUAGAGAUGUGGAUCUAUUUGGGUGAUUCGCCGCUCCUCAUCCCACCGGCUCACUUCGUCCUACGCUAUCGACACCGGUAGUAUUGCGUCGCCGCCGAUUUGGACUAGGAUCGGUGGAGGAGGAGGAGGAGGAGGAAGGUGGUGUCCCGAACACUUGACGCCCGUGCUGUAUGGAUGCCGCAUCCGUUCGGAUCGCCGAGAAGAGCGCCAAUGGGAAUGUUGCUCCAAGAUCUCACGCCAUUCACUUUAAGUUGUUGGCCUCUCCUCUUCGCGCACUGCCUUCUCUCGCUGCUCUUACUCUCAUGUCAGGGAGAACUCCAGAGGUCAUGCUCACAGACCGUGGCAGAGAAAGUUAGCCAACAGUGCCAGCUGGCGUGCCACUGUAGAAGAUACCCUCCGCUUCCCCCACCACCGCCUCCGCCGCCUCCCCCGCGGCUACUGGGCACCACAGUGGCAGAACCCAUGGUGCCCUUGGUGAGACCCUGGUGGACGGACAUGGACUUUAUAGUGCUAGGAACUGUGGGCUGUGCCUCGGUGCUUUUCCUUCUUUCAGCGAUCAUCAUUUGCUACAAGGCUAUCAAGAGGAAACCGCUUCGUAAAGAAGAGAACGGGACAAGUCGUGGGGAAUACGCCAUGAGCAUCCGCACCAAGAAGGCCAUGGGUACAAACAACACUGUGGUAUAGACUUAACUCCAGCUCGGAGCAGGAAGUGACAGCACCCAUCACCUUUCAGCCCCCCUCCUUGUUCCUCAGUGACGAUUAUCACCCAGAAUGAAACAGGGUUUUUGCCAGACCUGCGUUCUUCUGCCUGGACUGAAGCUGCCAGGAAAUGCCACAAAGGCAAGUGAGGAUGAAAGGCACCCCACCCCCACCGACCCCGCCCCUGGUGUGUGUUGUUGAAAAGCAUCCCAGCAGGCUCAACACUUGCUCUGAGUAAGAGCAAGUGUUGCUGACAGGCUGCUGACUGUCGGCCAGUCUGCCACACAUCCAGACCUCACGCACUCUUCACGCGUGCAAUGGAAGCGCAGACAAUAGAGCAGCCCCGCGGCGCCAUUUUGGGCCGAAGCCCAUCAUACACAAGAAAUAACGUGCAUGCACUUUUAACAGAGAAUGCAACUUUUUCUUUCAUUUUUUUAAUAUAAUAUAUCCUCCAUUUUUUGGUUCUGCAUUUUGGAGACAGAUGCCUUGCGGGGGCACGAGCUGACUGUCAUUCCUGGCUCUGAGGCGUGCAUUCAUAUGACUAUGCAAUUUAAAGAAAUCCCAUAUUUUGGAAGAAAGACAAAAAGAGGAGGCAACGUCAACACCUUCUAAAGACUCACUGUAAUAUACUUCAGUCAUUCAUCUAUUUAUUUUCUCUAUUUAUUUUUCUACCAAAAAAGAUAUUGUACAGUCCUCAGUAUUUUGUUUCUUAUUAUUAUUUUGUAAUGUCAAUUAUUUCUACAGAAUUUUAUUUUGCCGCUCUAUGCCGUUGGUAGUGAUGCAGAAAAUGGCAUCGCUUGUCUGUCACUGUGUGUUUGAUGAGAUUUUAUGUUUCAGUCAAUGUCAAAGUGUGCUUUGGAGAAUGUGAAUUCUUUCUGUACUGCAUCACACUCCAGUUGGUGCAGUUUUUUAUGUCAGCUCAGUACAUGUUCUCCCUUCCAAGGUCAGUGCAGCCUGCAAGGUCCAAAUCAAUCCAUUCCAGGACAGCACAGGUGGGCCUCUGAUCCGUUGGUAAAGUGUUUUCCUUCGGGAACCAUUGAAAAUAUAAAUAAUGUGUUCCAGAUUCAAAAUAUUACAGUCCUAAAUCAGCUGAAGACAAUGCUUUCAAUGACAUUCUUGUCUUAAAAGUAUUUACUCAGUUCACCAAUGACAAAAACAAAAAUAUUUUUGGGAUUUUGGGUAAAUUUGUUUGAUAAAUCACAGCUAAAACUCACAAUCAUUUAAAGGGGAGGAUCAGAAAUUUUGACAUUAGGCUUACAGUGGGAUGAAAAAGUAUCCGAACCAAUUGGAAUUUCUCACAUUUCUGCAUAAAAUCACCAUCAAAUGUGAUCUGAUCUUGUCAAAAUCACACAGAUGAAAAUACAGAGUCAGCUUUUAUAGGUUUUCAUAUUUUCAUGAGGAUAGCAUGCAAACAAUGACAGAAGGGGGUAAAAUAAGUAAGUGAACCCUCUGCCUUAGAAGAUUUAAAGAACAACUGAAACCAGUUUUUACCUAACAUUUUAAGUCAGGUGUGUGCUCAAUCACUGAUGAGUGGUUUAAAGCUGCCCUGCCCACUAUAAAACACACACUUGGUAAGAAUUGUCCAUAUGAAAAGCAUUGUCUGAUGUGCAUUAUGGCUCGGAUUCAGAGCUGUCUGAAGACCUGCGAUCAAGGAUUGCUGAUUUGUAUAAAGCUGGGAAAGGAUACAAAACAACGUCUAGAAGUCUGGAUGUUAAUCAUUCGACAGUAAGAGAAGUUGUCUACAAAUGGAGAGAGCUUGGCACUAUUGCUUCUCUCCCAAGGAGUGGCCGUCCACCAAAGAUGACGCCAAGAGUUCAGCGCGGAAUACUCAGAGGGGUAAAAUAGAACCCUAGAGAGUCUGCUAAAGACAUAAAGAAAUCACUAGCACAGUCCAUUAUCUUUGUGCGCACAUCAACUAUAUGUAAAACUAUGGCCAAGAAUGAUGUUCAUGGGAGGACUCCAUGGAGAAAGCCAUUGCUGUCUAAAAAUGUUCGCAAAAAGGCACUUGGACACUCCACAGAAGUUUUGGCAAAAUAUUAUGUGGACUGAUGAAUCCAAUGUUGAAUUGUUUGGGAGUAACACACAAGGUCAGGUGUGGAGGAAAAAUGGAACAGCUCACGAAAAUCAACACCUCAUCCCCACCGUGAAGCAUGGUGGAGGGAGCAUCAUGAUUUCGGGCUGUUUUGCUACCUCAGGGCCUGGAAAACUUGCAAUCAUUAAUCGAAGAAUGAAUUCAAAAGUUUAUCAGGAUGUUUUGCAGGAAAACCUGAGGCCGUCUGUCAGACAGUUAAAGCUAAAAAGAGGAUGGAUGCUGCAACAAGACAACGAUCCAAAACACAGAAGUAAAUCAACUUCAGAAGGGUUUCAGAAGAACAAAAUACGUGUUCUGGAGUGGCCAAGUCAAAGUCCAGACUUGAACCCUACCUAUUGAGGUGCUAAAGACACGAUUCAUACCAGUCGUCCCAGGAAUCUGACUGACCUACAGCAGUUUUGUAAAGAAGAAUGGGCCAAGAUUAGUCCUGAUCGAUGCGCCAGACUGAUCUGCAGCUACAGGAAGUGUCUGCUUGAAGAUAUUGCUGCCAAAGGGGGGGGGGGGGGGCACAAGAUAUUAAAUGUGAUGGUUUGCUUACUUAUUUUUCCCCCUUCUCUCAUUGUUUGCAUACUAUUCUCAGUAAAAUACGAAAGCUAUAAAUGUUUGGGUGGUUUUAGUUAAAGCAGACACAGUUUUUUCAUCUGUGUGAUUUUGACAAAGAUCAGAUUGAUGGGGAUUUUAUACAGUAAUGUGAGAAGUUCCAAAAGGUUCAGAUACUUUUUCAGACCAGUGUAAUUUUCGAGUUAGCGGGGGUUUAGUUAGUUGGUGGAGUUGAUUAUAACAUAUUUCGUGCAGUUUCUUAGUUAUUUGUUAGUUUCAGGGCUCCGGAGUGGCUAAGCUAGCGCAAGUCAAUGGUACAAUCUAAGCAUGCCAACAAAAAACAACAAAUGCACGCAUGAAAAUAACCGAUGACCCAUGCAAUCAAUAGUCUUGGCUAUGUUUUCACAAUAAAGUUGUUAAAACCUACCACGGCAUGUAAAUAAUUGUAGUAUGAACAGCAACAUUUGUAAUCCAGCAGCUCUCAAGGGCAAAGUUAUAUCACAUUGUUUUUUUCACCUCUUAUUUUUUUAUAUCGUAGCCAACAGCAAGUAACCACAGUUAUUAUUGUUCCUUGUUCUUCCUAGGUAACUUGUGGAAACUUUCUGUUGCCCAUUUCUUCUGUCUGUUCACCAGUAGUGGUACUCACUAUUUUUUUUAACUCAAGGAAAAGUACAGUGCAAAAAACAGUGCAAAAAACUACUUAAGUAAAAGUAUCUAAGAAAAAAAAAUUCUCAUAUAAAAGUACAAAAAUACUUGCUUUGAAAUUUACGAGUAAAAAGUAAAUGUGUUUUAUUUGCAUACCGCCACCUACUGUGCAAGAGUGUGGUGGUUUUUAAUUUGUCAACAUCUUGUUCACCUGCCUAAUCUUGCUUGUAUUCGUGUUGCUGCCUCUAGUGCUCAGUUAUGGUAUGGCUUAUCGGUUGGCCGAAGGCAUUUAAACAAAACUAUGAAUUGACCUUGAGAAAAAUAAAAUAAAAUUAAUGUGUAACGCAGGCUACAAUUUGAAAAGCCGUGGAGAAACAAGUGCAGAUACAUGCUGUAAAAGAUACACAAAAAUAUAAUUAAGUACAGAAACUAAGUACUUUAACUUCAUUGCUUUCGACCACUGGUUUCCACAUCCUCUAAAUGCACAUUUCACCAGGUUGUCGUUCUUCAGUCAAGACUCAGUAGACUGGUGCUGCCUUCGAGGAAGGUGGAAAGUUGGACUAGCCAACCUCCGACCUGGAAAUAUAUCAUUGGAACAACACUCGAACUGGGAGGUCCUAGUCGCAAAGUUGAAAAAACAGUACCCAGACAUCAUGAGUUUCUUCAAUCUGACGUCGCUUGACAAAAUGGCGCUGCCCGUCGAAAGUCAAAACCGUCAAUAGUAAAACUAAACAAGGAAGUUUACAGCGUAUGCUAUUAACCUCAGCCGUCGUUUUUCCUCCACUAUUUGAUUGCUUACGAGAAAGCAGGUUUGCUGGAGGUCAAAAUGUCUUUUAUGGCCAAAAUAAAAAAUAACUUGUCGCGAUCAGCUAUAUUUCCUGUUUACAUUCGCUUGGAACGCUAUGAGGGCGCAACUGGUACCGUCCGAGUGGGAUAAGUCCGACCUCCCACCUUCCUCAAAUGCAUAUGAGCAGGAUUGCAUUAAGCAUUUAAAAAAUAUAGUCCUGCAGAAUGAAAUUCAUUAGAGCAGUUUGGUGUGACAUUGUUUUGGCCGCAUGGUUAUUUCGAACAAUGAUCUGCAUUUUGAAUUUAUUUGACUAUCUUAGAUCCUUUAAUAUCAUUUUAUAUCGGCAUGCUAAGAUUUGAAGGAAUCUGACUUUAUAGCCAGAUUGCCGUAAUCAUGCCAGCCGGACCGGCGCUGGUGCAAUCCAACGACCCGGCCAAAAGGCAAAAACCUGCGCGUUCACCUUGGUCUUGGGACUGGUGCCUUGUACUGACUCCAUUUUGAAAGCUGGAAAAAGGCUUCGAGACAAAAGUUGACAAUUUAUUCAGGUCGACAGCGAUCAAACGGCAACGCAAAACAGCGACAGACCCAGGCGAGCAGGAGGAGACUCAAUGUCAUCAUAUAACAAGUCAACAAAAGGUUCCCGAGAAAAAAUGACAACGAUUAGUUAAAUAUUCAGUCUUUUUGAAGGCUCUCAUCGGGCGGGCCGUGGCCUGGAAGAGGGGAGUGUUUGGGUCUUUGGUACCUCGACAACCCGGCCAAAAGGUCAAAAGCCGUGCGUUCACCUUAGUUUGGUGACUGGUGCCUUGUACUGACUCCAUUUUGAAAGCUGGGAAAAGGAUUUGAAACACAAGUUGACAAUUUAUUCAGGUCGACAGCGUUUAAACGGCAAGGCAAAACAGCCACAGACCCAGGCGAGGAGGAGGAGACUCAGGGUCACCAUAUAACAAGUCAACAAAAGGUUCCCGAGGAAAAAUGAUAACGAUUAGUUAAACAUUCAGUCAUUUUGAAGGCUCUCGCAUGGUGGGCCGUGGGCUGAAAGAGGGGUGUGUUUGAGUCUUCUUCUGUUGAAGAUUUGGGCGGUCAAGUUUGUGUGUCACUGGUGCUGGUUCAUGGUCAAUGAGGCAACUGAGGUGAGAGGUUGGGCUUGCCUUGACUUCUGAGAGGCGCUGAGCUAUCAAACUUUUUGUCCUCGAGUGUUGCUCUGGUAGGCCCCACCGAAGAGAUGAUGAUGGCGUCUUUUCCUUUACUUUUCAGGCAAGGGCUGAUAAGCCAGUCGGCCGCACUGUGUUGAACAGCACGGAGCGACCCCCCCCCCCCCCCCCCCCAAUCCAUCUCAUGGAAUGUGCUUAGCACUGGACUCCUGCUUUGUGAGGAGUGCGACUGUGUUAAUCUCGCCCCCCCCACAUUCAUUCGGCCUUUCACGCUUUAAAAUAUAUCAUAACAUAUUAUAAUUCUUAUAAUAUUAAACUAUGGUUAAAUGUUUUUUUUUUUUUUUUUUUUUUAAUUAUUAUAUCCAGUGUGUUAGAAUAAUGCAAACAGUUAGACGGUGCCUACGAGAAAAGGUACUAUCUCCUUCAGAUUGUACCAUUGACUCCCGCUAGCUUAGCCACUCCGGAGCCCUGAAACCAACAAAUAUCUGACAAACUGCACGGAAUUUGUUGAAAUCAACUCCACCGACUAAUUAGACCCCUGUUAACUCGAAGAUUAAAGUGCGUAUGACACCAAAAAGCAGGUUUAUUUCAUAUUUCACGUGGAGUUUUAUGCUCCUGAAUUGAAACGAACCGCUUGGAUGUGUGUGGAAGCGAUCGUUUCUUAUAUUCAAUUUUUGAAUCCCACACCAUGAAAAUGAGUGACUUCCGGCUUCAGUCUCGGAUUUAGGACGAAUGUGAAUGUGACGUCACCCGUGUCAGCAUCUCACAAUACAGCACUGCUCUAUAGUGUGCAGACAGACUGUGGAUUCAGCUGAUUUUGCGGCUUAAUUCGUUUAUUUUUCGCAUCACGCCAGCCAAACGGCUGCAGAAAAUUGUUGCUGCACCAGGGUGAGGCGUGUGAGUCUUUUUGGGUUUCAAUAGGUUCCCGUUCACCGCGGAUAUUGGCCAAAACACGCCCUACUACUGUGGGACCAUUGGACUUGCAAAGAAGUGAGUAAACAUCGCAUUUUGUAUUAUGUCAAAUACUGGGAUACGUUUUAAUACGGAGGUGGCUUGCAUUUUGUGGCUGAUUGUCCAGAAUGCUAGUCAGCUGAUGACUGGCGGCUUGUUUGCACACUCCCCUCUAUACUCGGCUUAUUGCCCUCUUCGUGUGCCCGGUGUUCUGUCAAAUUUUCCACCCCAUCAGAAAUUGCAACAUUGUGUUAAAAAUGGCUCGAAUACAGAGAUUACAAAGUAAACACUACAAACUUUCUUUAAAUAAAUUACUAUUUACUUACGUUUGAUCAUGGACUGACAUGUUGAGAAGUUCUCCUGAGACAUAUCCUGCCAUGUUAGCUGCAAAACAACUUCAAGCCUGUCUCUGUUUAUGUCUUCGCUGUGUAGUAAAGCAUUAUUUUACGCCAUAUUCGUGUUGACCAUGUGGCAGCUACGCACUCCUCCGACGUCGGCCGGUUUGUCCGGCGGUACUCUCGGGCUGCUUCCCUGGCGAGCUCUCCUGUCCAUGGUAGCAGGGGAACGAGCUGUAACUUUCUCUCUGACGGGCGGGUUGCCGAUGGGCGAAGACAAUCGACGACCCCGCCGACGUGUGAUAUCAUCCGGGUUAGUUUUGUGUGAUUUUUCACUACGAAAGGCAAAAAUAGGACUUUGAGACGUCACUCGGUUCAGGUUAGCAUGUCCGCUAGCUGUCACGCCUCUUGGUUUGUUUGCAUUCUCCGAAGAAGGGGGGCAGGGAAAUGACAAAAGCCUGACGACGGUGGCAUAGAAUAUCGUUCGGAAGGUGCGACACUAAAGGUGAAGUCGACAGUUUUGACCAAUAUGGAGUAAUUUUGCCAUGUCGUACUGAAUAAAUGCAUUUUUGUUAUUUCAUUUUAGUACAAGACUGUUAUUUGUCAUGACCUUACCAUUUAUUUAGCAAUUGGGGAAAAUACUUAAAAAGAAUAUCCUGUAAAAAUAUUGGAGUAGAGAGACUGAAACAAUGAAAUUUUGGGGCUCUCUUUGUCGCAUUUUCCUCGUUAUGAAUAAUUCCCCAUCAAUGGGUUGCAUUGUAAAUCAGAUGAAACCAUUAUCCUGCCGACAUCCUCCACCUGUUGGGGACACUAGAGCCCUAUAAUGGUAGGCGUGGCUAAACUACGGAUUAAAAGACUAAUUUCUCGUCAUCUGCGCUUUGCCAAAUUGUUGUAUGCAGUCAAAUCGUCUCAAAAUAUGAUUCUAAUUCACAUAAUAAUGUUGCCUGGCACAGCCAGACUGUUCUCCCUGCAUUUUUCAAACACUGUGAGAAUAGUCUGUGACCCAGCCCAUUAACGGCCUCUCAAGCAAGCACAAAAUCAACCGUCCAAUCAGAUUCAUUUAUUUGCCAGACGUGUUCUUAACGAGCAAUGUCACUCUUCCGCAUCGGAAGUCGUCUCCACAACAACACAGAUGGCAAACAGGAGAGCCGAGCAUAUGUUCCAAUCCAUGGUAAAAUCAGUUUUAAAUGACCAAAAAUACAUCGACACAAGUCAUUGACAGUCUGUCUCGUGCUAGCCAUGUUGAAUAAACUCCGCUCUACCUGUAUGUUUACUUCCGCGUGCAAGUUCCUCGUCGCUUUACUCACGUCUCGUUCGCCCAUUGCUGAUUAGUACACUCCGCUGUCUGUUUGCUGUGGCUUGCUCCGCCCUGGAAAUUUUAUCCGCUGAAUGGUGGCCAGACUCAAUAGCUGGAACAGCGGUGAGUCUGGUCUACCAGGCUAAUAAUAAUGCUAUUUAAGACUUUUUUUUUUUUUUAAAUCCUGUCGUACGCACUUUAAGCCUACUGUCAAAAAUUCUGAACUUCCCUUUAAACUUUUUAUUUUUUUUGAAGAUAACCAUCUUAGAUUUUCCUUUUGCCCUUCUAAUGUUGCUCUUAUUUGACGGCAACUAGUUAAGAGUGAAUCAAUAAGGUGCACUUUGUUAUGCAGGGAUUCUUUUAAGAAAUGAUGACUCAACAGGAGUCUUUCAAUUCAGCACAAUCGAUCAGAUAUUAAGCUGUGUUCAGACUGUAGGCAUAUCUGAUUCCAAUGGGAUUCCUCCUUAAGAAUGAUUUUUAGGGCUGACUGUUCACACUAUUUUUAGCAGACGUGGGUAGAGUAGCUAAAAAAUUUACUCAAGUAGCUUUACUUCAAAACAAUAUGACUCAAAGUGAAAUUAGUCAUCCAAAAAAGGAAAGUAUUGGGUGAAAAGAAAACUCAAGUAAUGAGUAAUAGUGUGAGUAACUGCUUACUAUUUAUGAUUUUUUUUAAAACAAUUGUACUUAUUUCGGCACAGUUAUCUAUAUGAACUGUUAUAAUUAUACUGUACUAUAACUUAUUACAUAACAAAAUUAAGCGAAAUAAAUACACACACACACACACAAAAGAGAAAAAAAAAUGGACAGAAAGGAAGAAUCAUUCAUCCAAACACCAUGAGUGCCCUCUAGUGGAGAGACAAUAAUUCGUAGUUUGAAUAGUUCCAUCAUGGUUCCUAUUAUGAAAUUUAAAAAAUCAAACCUCCAGUUUUCCACGGUCAAUCAGUGCCAAAUAAAAACUGGAGAAAGGCUAAAAUCUGCGCUUUUAAGUCAUGUUGAGGGCAUGUCAAAUACUUCAUUUUAUACGGUGCUUUAAUGACGCCACGUUGAACAGGCCGGUGUGAUCAUAGAAAGGCAAGCUUGAGUCUGAUUGGUAUCAUGGAGUCAUGUGAUUAUUGUUGCCACGUCUCAUUGGUGGUACUGGUAGAGCCACUGUUGGCACUGCUGGGAAAAAAAUGAAAAUCUAAUAUGUAGAAUAAAGAGGAAAAUAACGACUAGCAAUGGCGUAUGAGUAGCAUUUCUUCUACUCAAAUCUAUUCAAGUAAAACUAAAGAGUAUGGAGUGGUAAAACUACUCUUUGAAGUAAAUUUUUCUCAAAAAGUUACUCAAGUAAAUGUAAUAAAGUAAAUGUUACACAUUACAUAGACUUCAUAAUAUAUUGAUGGGGCGCGGGGCCGAUAAAUAGGUGGCCUGCAUUGUUGGCGAGGCCAUCAAAGCUGACCGAGUGGAGUCACAGACAAAGAGCUUUUUUUCGGUGAAAGUUCCUGUGAAUUAAAUGCUUAAAUCCCCGAAUUCUUUAGAGAUAUGGACGUAAAACAGUCUCGAUUCUUGGUUAAAAGCAAAAAAAAAAAAAACGUGCAGUUAGCAUUUAUUUUACGUAAAUAUUGCAAACUAUGAUGCCAAUGCAGUAGCUGCCAAUUUCUCCCAUUGAUUUUUUUUCACAACGUUUCAAAAUGUAUGCACGGUACGAAAAAUAUAAUAAUUACCUUGAAUCCUCGAACAAAUCACUCCUGAGACAAUCCUUGCCGUUUGUGUGCGGUUCAGCUUUCAUACUUUUUCAACAUAAAUCCGGCUUUAGAUCGCUGCGUGUGUGUGUUUGUGAAUAGCACUUCUUGAUGUGGGCGGCCCCCUACUUGAAUGCGAGGCGCAGUGCAUGACCGCUCUGACCCGUCAAUACCAUUAUAAAGUCUAUGCACAUUACUACCCACCUCUGAUUUUUUGCAAGUGUCCAAAUCAGAGCUGGGCCUGUUCAGACUGGGCCACACCUCGCAGGUUGCUGUGGUAACGAGGGCGUCAUCUAGCAUAGAGUGAUGUCCCAUCUGAGUUGUUCAGGCUGAGAAGCAUUUUGUCCAUAUCUGAUAUGAAAUGACCUUCCGUAUGUGGUUUCCAUCCAUCUCGCAAAAAUCCGAUUUCUGUGCUUUGUGACUGUUCAGACUACAAAAGAGCCCUCCAGUUUCAAUAUGGAUGGGCUAAAAAUCUGAUUUUGGGUGCCAGUCUGAUCAAGGUCUAUAAAUCCACUUGAUGUGGUAGCGUAUAGUGUAUAUUAAAAAGUCUACACAUUUCAUAGAUAUAGAUACUGUAAACUGUACACUUGUCCACACACUCAUCACAAGACAACACCUCACUCUUAGCGGAAAGAAUCAACCCAUUGGCUAUCAAUGACCGAUGGACGUCCAAUCCAAUGGCAUACCGCAAGCAACACGUCACUUUUGCUCAUUAAUAUUCAUGACGUUAGCAAUUGUUGCAAGGCGGGUCAACCUCCCGUUUGUACUUAAUAGUAAAAUGCAUGGAAAUUGUGUACGAACGAAAUGUUUACUGAGCUAAACCUACCAAUUCAGUCCGAAAAUGAAGUCCCUGGUGCCAAAUUCACUGGUAAAGAUGUGGAAGAACAUACACAUGUUCAGUUAAGGAGAUGGCUUGAGAGCCAAGGGCUGAAAAAGUUUUUUUAUUGACACCUUUUUCUUGUGUACAUUGCCUUAUGCCACUGACAAUGACAUUCACCUGUUUCAACAAUCUAUCCUUUCCCACCAUAUGCCCUGUCUUUCUCAUAUAUUAUAUCCUUUGGUUGUCUUAGGUCUCUGACCGUUCUUGGGGGUAAUUGCUAUUUUUGUGUAGCGAUUAGAAAUGCUACUUGUUGACAACCGAAGAACACUUUUUAAUUUUUUCAUUAAUAACUGUCACGGAACGCAGGCAGGCAGGUGGUGUGGACCCAAAUGCAGGGAAACAGAAAGCAGCAAGGCAGGUGGCGGAGAACUCAAAAAAACGUUUUAAUAAUAGCUAACAAAAACACAAAGUACAACAAAAAGGACUAGGGAUCAAAAAGGCAAUUUUCAAACAAAACUUACUUUAUCGGAGGGACUAGUACACGAGGGCUUGGACGGGACUUCGACUUUGACACUGACAAUGACGCAACAAAGAGUGAAAAGAAACUGAGAGCUUAUAUACACACACUCAGACAAGGGGUAACAGCUGGGUUACACAGGAGGAUGCAGUUGGAGGAUACAUUAGGAGCAGGUGAAACAGGUGAAAUCAAUGGGCAAUCACAGGGACACACUGAGGAGGGAACCAACACAAAACCUAACAAAUAACAAAUCUUAGUUCAAUAAUUUAUUUACCUUUCCCCCUUACUAUGGUUGUUUUUUUUUACAACAGAAAAGGUAACAACAGUGCCAGUCAAAUACAAUUUUUUUUUUUUCAGGUCAUUCAUUGUCAAACAGAAGCAGCACGGCAAAACGCCAUGCAAAAAAAUAAGUAAAAAUAUCAAUAUGACUUACCUCUUCGUCCUCUGUAGGACCAUGGCCCCUAACAAAAUGUUUACUGCAUAUAAAAUGUGAAUGGCUUCACCUUGCUGGCGUUAAACCAGUCUUUUGGACGUCCGCGCAAGUUGAUCCAUUUUUCACAUUUUUUCCUCCGAGUUUUUUGUUUCGGGAAACGUAUGAAGAAAACAUCCUUCAUAUGUCGUAAUGUCUAGAGUCGUUUCUACAAGUUCCAUAGCAGCAGUGUUUACUAGCAUGUUCUUUUGUGAAAGAUUACCGGAGAAAACAAGCAGAAAUAAAAUGGAUUGUAUGCGAGGGCGUGUCUAUGUUGACCCACUUCCGUGUUACGAUGGCGAGACGUCACGGUCUAAAAAUAGCAUUCGUACGAUACACUAUUAAAAGUCAAAAUGAUUCCAAUUCCAAAUGAUUAUUAUAAAAUUCAGGUACUUUUGACUUUAGAGGUUCCACUGUAGUUGAAAUUUCUGUGUGUGAAUUGAACAAUCUUCAUAUUUCUCAACGUCUCACCCAGGACUUAUCACCCAUCACCAUAGAAACCAGUGGGCUGACCUUGUGACUGGUGAGAGACAGGACACUCGACCAAUAGUCAGGGAUCAGGUUGCACCUGUCGGUGUGUGUGUGUUUGUGUGUCCUCUGUCACUGCUUCUCGGCAUUGUUUUCCCACUUUAAUUCUAUGGGUGUGUGUGCAAAAUGCUUACAAGGCAGUCAGUUGAGCAUAGUUAUUGGCUAAUUUGUUGAAAAGGACAAGCUUGCAUUUAGACAUGUGCAGGUAGGCUCCAACAAGCCUCCCUCCAACAUUUACUCAACUGUACGUAUGUGAGAGAUGUGACGGAUGCAUGAAUGUAAAUAUUGCUAUUUAAAUAUCUGCCUUCUGGACUGUUAAUUCAUGCACAGGCACAUGUGUGUAUACAGUACAUACGUCAAAGGAAAACAACCUGCUACCAUUUAGAGUUGUUCAUGUUGUCAUGUGAUGGAAUAAGCCAUUAAUGUACAUAUGGGAUAGCAGUUGAUACUCCAAACUUACACACUUUAUGCAUUACAACAAACAGAGAGAACAAUGCUGGUAUUCUUGCUGAUUUUUGUAAAUAAAAGUGUAUAUAACAACAGACUUGCCUUUUAUUGUGUUUCAAGGACAUCUCUACUGUUGCACUUUUGCCUAUUGUAGGGUGUUAAAAAGAAAUUGUUAUAUUUAGCCAUGCCCAGUCUGCUCUGCAUGGUGCAGGUCUGGAGCUGGGCGCUUCCCCUGUGGUGGUGGUGGGGCUGAG